AUGACUGCCUCUCCAGCUCUAUCUGCUUUGCAGACAGCCUUCCCAACCGAGCAGAUUGCUCUACCGGGAAGUGAAACGUUUGACGCCCGGAUCAAGUCAUACCUGUCUCUCCUGCAGUGCGAGAUCACUCCAAGCGCAAUCUUCCUGCCCAAGAGCAAGGAUGAGAUCGCAUCUUUCCUCAAGAUUGUCCAGGAGCAUGGGGAGACGUUUGCGAUCCGCGGCGGUGGCCAGCAGCCUUUGCCCGGCUGCUCCAACAUCGAGGGCGGCAUAACUCUUGACCUUGCCGGUAUCACUGGUGUUGACCUCAACGACAAGAAUGACGUUGUGUCCAUAGGUGCUGGUGAGCGUUGGGGCGCCGUCUAUAGCAAGCUCCAUGAGAAGGGACUCUCCGUCACGGGAGCCCGCUCUGGGAACAAUGGCGUUGGGGGAUUGGCCCUGUCCGGUGGCCUCUCCUUCUUCAGCUCCCGCGAAGGCCUUGUGUGCGACAAUGUGGUCAACUACCAAGUUGUCUUGGCGUCUGGACAGGUUGUUGAUGCCAAUGAGAAGGAGAAUGCCGAUCUCUUCAAAGCCCUUAGGGGCGGUGGCAAUAACUUUGGCGUCGUCACCCGGUUCGACAUGAGAACCUUUAAGCAGGGGCCCUUCUGGGGUGGCGCUGUAUUCUAUUUCCCAGACCAAUUUCCUGCCCAGAUUGACGCUCUCGUUGGUGAGCUGAGCAGGCCGGAUGCGUCAGAGGAGACUCAUAUCAUGAUCAGUCUAUUCUUUGCUGCCCAAAUGGGGCAGGUCAUGGGCCUAAAUCAGGUCUAUUACACCCAAGAGGUCCAAAACCCACCCCAUAUCCAGCCUUUUGUCGCCAUGCAGCCUCAGAUGGAUCAGCUCAACUCUAUGCGCAUGACCACUGUCAAGGCAGCGGCGGAAGAACAAGCUGCUAUGGCUAUGACCGGUGUACGGUGCGCUUAUGUGAAUACCACCGUCAAGGCAGACAGCGCCACCCUAGAAGCUGCAGCCAAGGUCUUCAGCGAAGCGCUUGAAAAGGUCAAGGGGUUCGAAGGUAUUGUGUUUUCGUUCACACUGCAGCCAUACCCGCUAUCGCUUCUCGAGAAGACGAGUCGAUUUGGAGGCAACAUCCUGAAUCUCAGCCCGGAACAUGGCCCUCUGGUUUCGAUCCUCAUCUUGAUGUACUGGAAGAAUGCGAGCGAUGAUGAAGUAAUUCUAACCCAGAGCCGAGAGGUCCUUGCAGCCAUCGACCAAGACGCGCAAACACGAGGCACUGCAGUUCCCUACAAGUACUUGAACUACGCAUUCAGCUUCCAGGAUCCAAUCAACUCAUAUGGCGAGGAGAACAAAAAGGCGAUGCUUGAGGUCUCGAAGAAGUAUGACCCGAAUGGGCUUUUCCAGAAGGGAGCUGUUGGCGGGUUCAAGCUAUCUGUCUAA